GGCGGGAGUAGCACAGUGGGCGAGGUUUGAAGGUUGAGACAAAAGAAUACGUUGGAAAACAAAGCCAAAACUCUCCUGUACCACAGUGUGCCAAAUUACUGGACGGAACUUAAUUUCCGCUAGAUUCGCUAAGUAGGUCACUGUUAACUUCCAUCUGCAUUGGGCAGGAAGAGUUUGGGUUAAAUGUGGCUGGUCAUAGCAAUAACGGGAUGAAGACUGGCUUAUAAACAAAACACUUGAAACACAAAGAAUAGUCACGGAACACAUCCUGGACAAUGAACGGAUUCCAGCAGCCCAGUCCAACGGAGUGUCCGGCCGCGGGGAGCGUCUGUUCGAUUGAGGGCUUGCCUCCGCUGCCCAAAGGCCUGAGCGGCAUCCUCAACUCGAGCGGCGGCUCCUGGCGGGACAUCGAGAAGGUGUACAGCAAGAGGACACGCAUCCAGGCAGACAUCAGCAAGUCCCGGGUGAGCGACUCUCUCGGGCGAAGCAAACCAGCCAGCCUGGAUGGAGCGCUGGCGAUGCUGCGCAAAGAGAUGGUGGGCUUGAGGCAGUUGGACAUGUCUUUACUCUGCCAGCUCUGGUCCCUGUACGAGUCCAUUCAGGAAUACAAAGGCGCCUUCCAAGACAUCUCCUCCUCCCUGCUGUCUGAGAGCUCCUUUACCACUGAGAACGGCUACUCUGAAGACGAGGAAGAGGAGGAGGAAGAGGAGACUGAAGGAGGUGGAAGAGGAGAGAGUCAGGAUGCACCCCGCUCCUCUCUGCCUCAGCCCACCCAGAACUCCCGAGACCAGUGGAUAAAAGACUCCUUCCACAUCCCCAUAUGAAUCCCCUUUUUCAGGAAAUGGAAACCUCACUACGCAACACUGCA